GGCGACGUCAGUAUUCAUCCAAAGGGCCAAACUUUUUGUGGCAUCUGGACAGCUACGACAAACUGAAAGCAUUUGGAAUAUGCAUUAAUGGCUGCAUCGAUGGGUUUUCCAGGAAAAUAAUGUGGAUGAACGCCUACCACACUUCAUCAGACCCGAAGGUGAUUGGAGGGUACUACAUAGAAAAGGUGUCAGACAUCGGAGGAUGUCCAUCUGUUGUACGUGGGGAUCUAGGUACCGAGAAUGGAUAUGUGCGUGACUUUCAAAGGUUCUUCCGUGAGGACGACGAAGAUGGCAUGGCGGGCAUUCGCAGUUAUCUAGAAGGUCCAAGCACAGCCAAUCAAAGGAUCGAGUACUGGUGGUCCUUCCUUCGAAGGGAGUGCAUGGAAUUUUGGAUCUAUUUUUUUCGCGAUUUGCAAGAUGACGGUGAUUUCAAUGGCAAUUUCGUAGAUGUCAAUCUCCUACGGUUUUGUUUCUUACAUCUUAUCCAGGCUGAGCUUGAUGAAGUGGUAGAUGUAUGGGAUCGGCAUCUCAUUAGACCAUCGAGGAACAUCCAAGCUCCUAGCGGCCGCCCAAACAUUAUGUUCAACUUGCCGUCUUUGUACACUACAAGAGAUUAUCUGCAUGGUGUGAGCCAGGAACGUAUGCAAGCAUGCAAAGAGGAAUGUGUUUUCAGAAAAACAAUACCAUGUGAUGAAGACAUCUUUGAACUCUGUUGCAUCGUGAUGAAUGAAGUUGGGUACGAGUAUCCAAGAGACCGACACGGUGCUCGACUUCUUUAUGUAGCUCUUCGACGUGAGAUAACACACUUGCUUAACAAUUAAUUAUGUCUGAAGGUGCAGCAGCUAUAGGUUCAAACCAACUUAACCAAGGAAUACAAACAAUACCUGUUCAUGUGGGUGUGUUUUAAGUUUUUCCUUUUUUGUUCUUCUUAAGGAAAUAAGCAUAGUCUAAUUGCCUUCUCGCCAAUCAUUGGUUUUGUACACAGUUUGACCUAGAUUAUCUGGCCACUAUCUGGCAAGGAAUUUUUUUUCCUCACUCUUUGCUUCAAGAUUGAGGGAAAGUUUCUUCCUUUGUUUUAUUUAAAUUUUGUACAAACAAAAUGAAACAAGUCUGGAACAAAAGCUUGCCAUUUAAAUGUAUAAGUUUGUUCAUAUACCAGUUUAAUUAAGUAAUAGGAUAUGCUCUAUAUAGAGACAUGUUGUCUAGGACUUGUCUCUCAUAUAUGGCCAAAUCAAUUAUCUGGAUGAAGGCCGGUCCCGACCAGAUAACCGAGGUCGAACUAAAAUAAUUCAGCAAUGAGUCAAUGGAGGUUUACAUUCCAAAGUGAUGGACAAGUAUUGAUUUCUUGUAACUUUUUAUUGAAAGUAGAAAAAAAGAUUGACACAGAUCUCGGUACAAAAUCUAUAAGGACUACAUAGGCACUCUGUAGGCAUCUUAAGCAUUUUAUUGAAGUUUUUCAUACUAAACUUUCUUACUGCUUUGUUCGCCUUGGACAUAUUGUAAUUGUUCUGUUCAUGUCAUAUUACUACAUGUAAUUAAAUCAACUUGAUUAUCUUCCA